CGCCAAUGGCUACUUCUCUUUCUCCCCCCAUCGCCACCACUAUUCCCACCGCCUUUUCAUGUCCCUUCCACAAAUCCCUCCACGCUUCCACCCUCGCAAAGCCAAACAACCCCCAUGCACGUAAACUCUCAUGCAAAGCCACGUCAUCCAAUGGCGACCAAAACCCUUCCCAUCCUCUAGACAAUUAUAAAUUGCAACGACGGAACAUUCUCAUCGCACUCGGAGGUCUCUCCGGUGCCACCCCCUUCGCCUUCGCAUCCCCUAUUGCUCCGCCGGACCUGACCCAGUGUGGCGCCCCCGAGUUGCCGGAAGGAGCAAUGCCCACAAACUGCUGCCCUCCGGGAUCUGCGACCAUCACUGACUUCCAGCUUCCACCGCCGUCCUCCGCCCUGCGCGUGCGGCCCGCGGCGCAUCUGGUCGACGACGAAUACGUGACCAAGUACACCAAAGCAGUCGAGCUCAUGAAAGCUCUCCCGGACGACGACCCGCGCAGCUUCAAGCAACAGGCCAACGUCCACUGCGCCUACUGCGACGGCGCGUACCAGCAAGUAGGGUUUCCCAGCCUGGACCUCCAAGUCCACAACUCCUGGCUCUUCUUCCCCUUCCACCGUUUCUAUCUCUACUUUCACGAGAAAAUCCUCGGGAAACUGAUCGGCGACCCCACUUUCGUUCUCCCAUUUUGGAACUGGGACUCUCCUCCUGGCAUGCAGAUGCCGGCGAUGUAUUCAAACCCCAAAUCGCCGCUAUACGACGCACUUCGCGACGCCAGCCACUGGCCUCCCUCCGUCGUGGAUCUUGCCUUCAACGGCAAGGAUACGACGGCGAGUACGAAGGACUUGGUGGCGAGCAACCUCUCCGUCAUGUACCGCCAAAUGGUGUCGAACGGAAAAAACGCGAGUUUGUUCCUAGGGAAUCCGUAUCGGGCCGGAGACGAGCCCGACCCGGGAGCGGGGUCCAUCGAGAACUUUCCCCACGGUCCGGUUCACGUAUGGUGCGGGGACCGGACCCAACCCAAUCUGGAGGACAUGGGAAAUUUUUAUUCGGCGGGUCGGGACCCUAUCUUCUACGCUCACCACGCGAACGUGGAUCGGAUGUGGACGGUUUGGAAGGGGCUAGGUGGAAAACGGGCGGACUUCACCGACUCGGAUUGGUUGGAUUCCGGGUUUCUAUUCUACGACGAGAACGCACAGCUCGUGCGCGUGAAGGUACGCGACUGUUUGGACACCAAAAAAAUGGGGUACGUUUAUCAGGACGUGGACAUCCCGUGGCUGGGCUCACGACCGGCGCCGCGCAGAGCGAGGGCUGCGGCCACCCUAGGCUUUAACACUACCGGCGAAGCAAAAGCUGCGGAAACGUCGAAGCACAAGCACGGCGACGGCGGCAGCAGCGGGUUUCCGAAGACACUGGACAAGAUCGUGAGGGUGGUGGUGAGGAGGCCGAGAAGGCGGAGGAGUAAGAAGGAGAAGGAGGAAGAGGAGGAGGUGUUGGUGAUAGAGAAUAUAGAGGUGGAGAGGGAUGUGUACGUGAAGUUUGAUGUGUACGUGAACGAUGAGGAGGUGGGGGAGGGGGGCCGGCAGCCGGGCGCGGCGGAGUUCGCGGGGAGUUUUGUGAGUGUGCCGCACAAGCACAAACACAAGCACAAGAAGAGGAUGAGGACGGGGUUAAGGCUGGGGAUAAGUGAUGUGUUGGAGGAUUUGGGGGCGGAGGAGGAUGAGAGCGUGGUGGUGACUUUGGUCCCUCGGAAUGGGGGAGGUAUUGUCACCAUUGGCGGCAUCAAGAUUGAGCUUGCUUCUUGAAUUAACUUCUCACCUUUCAGGGCCAUGAAUAAUUCAAACUCUGCAUGGGAAAGUUACCUAUACUUUGACAAACACUAAUGCCAAAGGGUAGAAAUAAUUAAGACAUGUCCAAUAAAAGUUUUCCAUGUAAAAUUUGAAAUUCACACUUAAUUAAUUAUUUU